GGCCGGUCCCGGGGCCACGGCCGCGCGAGUUCCUCGGCGCCAGGUCGCUCGCUCGCUCGCUCGCUCGCUCGCUGCCGGGACGCGGAGCCAGGCGGGCGGGCGCGCGCUCCUCCCUCCGGCCCCCGGCAUGACUUCUUGGGGCUCCCCUCUGGCGCCUCUGCUGCUGCUGGUGUCUCUGCACGGUAUUGCUACCUCAUUGGAGGUUUCAGAGAGCCCUGGGAGUAUUCAAGUGGCUCGAGGUCAGACAGCAGUCCUUCCCUGUACCUUUACUACCAGUGCUGCCCUUCUUAAUCUCAAUGUCAUUUGGAUGGUCAUUCCUCUCUCCAAUGCUAACCAACCUGAGCAGGUCAUUCUGUAUCAGGGUGGACAGAUGUUUGAUGGUGCCCUACGGUUCCAUGGGAGGGUUGGAUUUACCGGCACCAUGCCUGCCACCAAUGUUUCUAUCUUUAUCAAUAACACACAGCUUUCAGAUACAGGCACCUACCAGUGUUUAGUCAACAACCUUCCAGAUAGAGGGGGCAGAAACAUUGGGGUCACUGGCCUUACUGUUUUAGUUCCCCCUUCUGCCCCACACUGCCAAAUUCAAGGAUCCCAGGAUAUUGGUAGUGAUGUCAUCCUUCUCUGUAGCUCAGAAGAAGGCAUUCCUCGACCAACUUACCUUUGGGAGAAAUUAGAUAAUACCCUUAAACUACCUCCAACAGCCACUCAGGACCAGGUGCAGGGAACAGUCACCAUCCGGAACAUCAGUGCUCUGUCUUCAGGUCUGUACCAAUGUGUGGCUUCUAAUGCCAUUGGAACCAGCACUUGUCUUUUGGAUCUCCAGGUUAUUUCCCCACAACCCAGGAAUUUUGGACUAAUUGCAGGAGCCAUUGGCACGGGUGCAGUUAUUAUCAUUUUUUGCAUUGCACUAAUUUUAGGAGUAUUCUUCUAUUGGAGAAGCAAAAAUAAAGAGGAGGAAGAAGAAGAAAUUCCUAAUGAAAUAAGAGAGGAUGAUCUUCCACCUAAAUGUUCUUCAGCCAAAGCAUUACAUACCGAGGUAUCCUCCUCAGAGAACAACACAUUGACUUCUUCCAAUACCUACAACAGUCGAUACUGGAGCAAUAAUCCAAAAAUUCAUAGAAACACAGAAUCAUUCAAUAACUUCAGUGACUUGCACCAGUCUUUCUCUUUGCACUCCGGCAAUGCUACUAUACCAUCCAUCUAUGCUAAUGGGAACCAUUUGGCCCCAGCGUCACAGAAGACUCUGGUAGUGACAGCCAACAGAGGGUCAUCAUCCCAAAUUGUUUCCAGGAGCAAUGGUUCCGUCAGCAGGAAGCCUCGACCUCUACACACACAAACUUACACAGUCAGUCAAGCAACCCUGGAGAGAAUUGGUGCUGUUCCGGUUAUGGUGCCAGCCCAGAGUCGGGCUGGGUCCCUGGUAUAGGAUAUGAGCAGAGUGUUAAAGAAGGAAUAUAUGUAAUGCUCAUAGACAAGGGGGAUACUGGGGUAAGCAAGUACUGGAAAAGAAACACAUCACUGAUAACAAAAGCAAAAAGCACAGAAAAGGAGACAAUGUGGUUUCCUGGCCACUAAGAUCUCUGAAGUGAGUAUUCCAUCAUGAAGACUAGUUUUGCCACUGCCAUGUCCCACCAUUCUAUUCACAAAGCUGGAUUACAAAGAUGUGCCAAGCCAAGGAAAAAAGAUAUAAAAGCAGAAUAAUACUUGAAAGUUAAGACUGCAGUCCAGAUGGGCUUGCUCUUUAAUUCACGCCUAACUUCAUUAUUUCCAAAAAGACUAAAGUGCCAGUUUAUAUAAUGAUAUUAUUUUAAAAAGAUAGGUGUCUUUAGGAAUAAUAAUGAGCAACCCGAUGAUAUGUUCUGCUUCUCCAACUCCCUCUCUGUGCAGAGGGCUCAUGGCAUAAAUCACUAAUGCUAGUCCCAACAAGGCUGGUUCUUGUAUCAUUUUUACACAAAUAAAAUUCAGAAGUGGGGGAAAGGCAAAAGAAACUCGUGAAACCCUUUCAUAUUGAUAUCAUUUCUCUUUCCAAACCACGAAUUUCAUAUUUGGAAUAUUGCUGUAUUGACCAAUUGCCUAUCUUGCCUGUCUGUGUUUUUCUAGGGCCUAUUGUUGGUUCAUGACAAUUUUAGUUCAUUAUUUCCUGGGAAAAUACUUUCAAAAGAAAGCUUUGGGUUUAAAAAAAAAUACAUGAGAGGCAUUGGGCUAAGGAAGAAAAGACUGGUCAGUCCCUUUCACUAUAUCCUAUUCAGAAUUUGUGUUCACUGACCCUACAGGUGGCCCAUCAUGGGAGAGUGAGGGUGUUUGUGUAACACAGGAGCAGGAUGGCAGUUAUAAGUAACUGACAGUCUAUCCACCAGGACACCCUCACUAUCAUAUUCUGUAAGGAAGGCAGUGUCUGAAGCCUUCUGCACUAUUUUAUAUGACAAGUGGAGGGUAGUAGGCAGUUAUACAGAGGAUGGGAAUUGUUUUGUUUUCUUCCUUCCUCUGCCCACAACGAUUAUUUCAGUUAAAGAGAUAAAAUAGCUAUUUUCAGGUAUGCUUAUGAGAGGGUCUGCCCUACCUUUGUCACAGCUCAGGGUUGUAAUUUUGUUCAAAUGCAUUUUACAUCAUUGUAAAGAGACUCCAUUGUGUUUAACCUGACUUGGAUGGCUCUGGCCUUCAUCGGGUGUUUUACAAACUCCCAUUUUGUGCAGUGUAGAUCUGGACUUACUUGUACUGGUGACUGUGUGCCUGAAUUCACACCUUAAGCAACCACAAACAAUUUCUUGCCAGAAUUGUGUCAUAAAUUAUUUAUGAUAUCAUUUUUGAAGUUUUGAUAAGAGAAUCUUUUCUUUGCUGAUGUUCUCUCACUCCCUCUUCACACUAUGCGGUUUGCCCUCUUUUCCUGCAAGCAAGGUCAUGCAGGGAUAAGUAGCCUCCUGAUUUUCACAUAUAUACGUGAGUAUAUAUUUAUAAAUACUCAGAAAACAUCAGCUGCUGUAUAUGCUCUUUUUCUAAGAGGGCUAAGCGCAGAGCCUAACAAUUCCAAUAAUGACAGAAAAGUUGAAUUUAUUUAACAUUACUUAUUUUUCUUCAUUUGAUGGUUCUUGACUUUGUAAAAAUUUAAAUGAAUGUUUAUACUUUUUAUAAAGAAAAAUGAAAAUAUUAUGACACAAAAGAUUCUAUCAGAUGUUUAGAGAGCAUUUAUCUUGCAAUUCUUUAUUCUUUCUAAUUAUCUAAACUUCAAUAAAAAUUUAUUCAUAUAAAACAAUUUGUCUUUAAUUAUCAUAUGCUAAUAAAA